AUGCCGGUUGUAUUCUUACCAAUGAUGGAAGCAUUCAUUGCUCAUUAUGGAAUGGUUAUACUUUUUCUUUUUGGUAAUAUUGGUAAUGUCUUUAUAAUCUUACUUUUUUAUCAAUAUCGUAAAAAUGCUUGGUCUAUAUAUUUAUCAAGUGGUACAAUAAUAAAUAUAAUCUAUCUUACAUUUGAUAUCCCUAUUUUUAUCUAUACAUAUUUUCAUGAUGAACCUAUACCUUAUUCAUUAGUUUUUUGUAAAUUACGUUUUUAUUUAUCACAUGUAUUCGGACAAAUGGCUAGAUAUUUGUUUGUAUUAGCAUGUUUUGAUCGAUAUAUAUUAACAAGUAGAAAUUUUCAUCUAAGAAAUUUCAAUCGAUCAAUUAAUGCAAAAUGUUCAAUUUUAUUGGUAAUUAUUUUUUGGUGCAUUAUUUGUAGUCAUCAAUUAAUUUUUACAACAAUGAAUAAUCAACAAUGUGGCCAAUUUGGAAUAUAUCAUAUAAUAAAUAGUGUUUAUUUAUUUAUUUCAUUUUUAAUUAUUCCAUCAGUUUUAAUGAUUAUAUUUGGAUAUUUAGCUUGUCAUCAAAUGAAACAAUUUGGUUCAAAAAUAAGACCAUUAACAAAUAAUCAAAAUGGACUUAUUAUUAUUACUCGAAGAGACCGAGAAUUAUUAUUGAUGAUAUUAACUCAAAUAUUUAUUUUUUGUUUAACUACGAUAUUUUAUUUAGCUAUUAGUUUAGAGUUAUUAAUAACAAUUUCUAGAAAUGAAAACAAAUCUAUUGAACGUAUUCAAAUAGAAAAUUUUAUUUUGAUUUUAUCAACAUUUUUUAUCUAUAUGAAUCAUGCUGCAGCAUUUUAUAUUUAUAUGAUUGUGUCAAAAGGAUUUCGUCAUGAUUUUAAGAAGCUUUUAAAAAAAUGUUGCAAGCAACCAAUAACUGCUUCAGUUAUAGAACAACGAUAA